UCCACUUUAAUCUUCAUCCAGUCGCUGAUCAGUUCAAUCGCACGAUGGCGCGAAUGUGGUUCAGCUUAUUAAGUAGCUUCGUUGCUGGCGUUCUAUUCCUCACAGUGACCGAUGCAGCCAUUAUACGUCUGAAUUGUGAACGAAUUAAUGAUAAGUGUGUGCUGAAAAACAUAUACGCAACCGAGGAUGACCGGUUCAAAGAAAUUCGGAACGAGCGGUACGAGAACGUUAUCGAGUUUUUCGACUGUCACAUUCACACGAUGCCACCGAUACCCUAUAUCAACAAAGUGAAAGCGGAUGCAAUCAAUCUGGUGCGCGUUGAAGAAUAUACCUUCAGCACGAUAUACCGUCUGGAUGUGUCGUACAAUAGGCUGCGCGAGUUCUCGUCGAAAGCCUUCGAAUAUCCGGAAGAACUACUGGAACUGAAUCUAAGCGGUAAUCCAACACUGAAAGACUUUGGCUUUCUAUCGCAGCUAAGUGGUUUGGAAAAUUUGGAUAUGGCCGAUAUGAAGCUGGAGUUAGAACUCUUGGAUAUUGGCACAUUUGCUGAGAUGUCAAAACUAUCCAAGCUCAAUAUGAGCGAGAACCGAAUUACCACCAUACCGGUAGGAAUGUUUUCUCCAUUAAGCGAAUUGAAGCAUUUGGACCUGAGCCGAAACUCGAUCACCAAAAUUGCCUCCGGGACGUUCGCCAUCGCAGUGACGCACGGUUACGAGGAACAUGGACUGUAUCACCAAUCGCUGCAUUUCGAUCUAUCCUACAACAACAUAAGCAUCAUCGAGAACAACGCCUUCAUGCAUGCGUCCAAAAUCAAUCUACGAAACAACAAGCUCAUUGGCAUCGGGCAGUACGCGUUCGAUAAUCAGACAGCUCUGCAGUCGCUCGAUCUUUCCGGCAACGUUCAGCUUAAAAACUUUGACUUCCUGCACAACCUUCGCGCACUGCACGAACUCGACAUGUCGCGGAUGAACUUCUCGUUCGACGGUGUUCCACAAAACAUCUUCAAUGAUCUCGAUUCGCUCACAACGCUCGAUCUGUCGAACAAUCACAUUAUCGACAUACCGAUCGGCAUUUUUGCCGAGCUGGAAUCGCUCAACUUUAUCAACCUGAGCCACAACAGCAUCUACCACAUCGAGUUCGGUACGUUUUCGAUGCGCAAGUACGAUCUAAUCGAUCAGAUUGAUCUGUCGUACAACGAGAUCAAGCAGCUAAACUUCCUUGUCUUCGUACCGCUCAAGUACCUCAAGACGCUGCUAAUGCACGGGAACAAAAUCUCCUCCGUCAACGCCAAGCAGCUGACAAGGAACAAAAGCCUUUACAACUUUGGCAUCCAGAACAGCAAUGUGCGUUGUUACGAUUUGAUUGAUUUGUUAGGAUCGCUUAAACUUGUUCACGAACCAAAUGAAUUUAUUUCCCAUCUGCCCAAUGUGGAUGGCAUUAAAUGUCAGCCAUAAGAUUGAAGCGUAAUUAAAUAAAAAAAACCAAAAUUGUUAUAAAACGUAUAACAAUUUGUGAUUCUUAUUUUUAUAGGAAAAACAAUA